AUGGGGACCAAAGCGCUUCGCACCUCUCAGUAUGCAAGCAGGAUACGGAUGCAGAUGCCCUUCUCUGAGUGGAUAGAGGCAGUAACCAUACGCAUACUUAUGAACUCUCUGACAUGCACACACUGGAACUGCACAGGCCCCUCUCAGAGAUGGUACUCAUCAUCAACAGAGGAAAUACUGGCGCAGGAGGAUGAGGAUGGUCAACCUUAAACUUCAUCAACACUGUGUGAUGACGGUCACAACAACUAUUUUGGGGGGGGUUUCAACUCAAACUUUUUAAACAAAUGAACAUCCUUUUUGGCUUAGUGCUGCCUCCAAUAUCACAAAUGUCACACACAAUCUCUUGAAGUUGAAGACAAAAUCCCAAAGUCCCAGCACAGCACAGACCAAUCAGCUUGUCUCCUGUCCCGUGUUGCACUAACUCCCAGACUUCAUCUUCCAGCUCGUCACACCCCUCAGAGAGAGGCAGCCUAAAACAUUUGUUUCUUUUCUUUGAGGCGUAGCCCUCUGUUAAUUUCCCAUGGCGUGGGCCCUUUGUUUAAAGGUCUCUAAUGGAGAAGCAGAUCAGCCUCGGUGCACUCAUCCAACCAACGCAGACGCCAGCAACCCAGACAGACUGACUGACAGGGGAAUUUCACUCUGGCUACAGCUGCCCUCCCCAUUUCACCAGAGGAAGAGAUGAAAGGAGGGAGCAGAGGAAAGGAGGGAGCAGAGGAAAGGAGGGAGCAGAGGAGGAACUGUCUGCUGACCUGUAGAGUAAAAGUCUGGAAGGACUUGUCAUUACCAUGUGUUCCACUUUAGACGUUUUGCUAAUUACAGGGUAGUAGAUACUAUACUGUAGACAUUUCUCUGUGGAUUGAUUGGUUAGUCGAACGACUAAGGGAGGGGAUACUUUGCCUUUGUCCUGGAGUGGCACUGGGCUGAAAUGGCAUCAGGACCUCUGUGCCGGCCUGUAUCAAUCUGUGACUGGGAUUGGGGUCCUUGCAUUUCUGUUCAGUCAUAAUUCACAACCCCCUCAAUUACCAAUGUUUCUCUACCACCGCUACCACCACAUUUGUGGAAAAUGCAAAUCACCAGUGGCGUGAUAUUGAAUCUCAAAUGGGCUUUUCACAUGGGCACUGAGUGGUUUUGAGACCCGGAUGACUUCAACCCCUGUGAAAGUUAUAUCUCACAUUUUUCCUCUCAACCUUUUGAUGAAAUGGACUGUGAAUCCAUUGGAAUACAUUAUUCAAGCAGAGAGGGAUUUGUAGCUGGUGAAACUGAAAGGAAAAGGGGAUUGAUGGAAGACGAGGUUCACAGUGGGUUCAAAUGUAUUCACUAAAAGGUCUGUGUUAUGUGUCUGAUACAGUAUCUUCAUUCUGUCUAAUGUAGGUUUAGGGUAAUGCACAGUAUGAGCUGUUUGCUAUGAGAGCUGCGUUCAAGAAAGCUCUUCGACCAAUUUACUGGUCAAACAUUCUCUAAAAGCACUAUGUCUGUAUUAUGAUGUUUGAAUUCUGUCUAAUGUAUGUUGAUGCAUAGCAUGUGCUAUAUGUAAGCCUACUAUAUGAGAGCUGCAUUCCAAAAGGGUAAGGCUGCAAGUUUAGUCAUGGUGUUAUGUCUUAAUUCAGUCGUCUUGAUCUAUAUAGAUGCUGCGUUCAAGAAAGGUGAUAUGAGGCUACGUGUUUAGUAUUGCUGGGCACGUACUAUUUAUUUAGGUGGUGCAGAGAGGCUGUUCAAAACCUCAUCUGUAUAAAUGAUGAAUAAGGGUCUCUGGUAGACUGUCGGUUGGUAGGACUGCUAACUCGUUGCUGUGGGCUAGAGGCCAGGAGAUUGGUGCUGUGAGAGUCAGACAAAUGCAGAGUGGGAGGUGGUGCGAGGAUAGGUUUGACACACUGUAACGGUUUUGACUUGAGGUAUUUAUAGGGGUGCCAGGUAGGUUGUGCCUACCAGAGAAAGCAUGGGUUUCUCCUUUUAGUUCGGGAGGGAAUGAGUCCCCUCUGGUCCGUCAAGUCACACCAAUACAAAGGACUUAGGUAAAAGUCAAGAUGGAAAUAUACUUUUCAUAAACCCCUUAAAACCUUGGAAAGAACUUCAAACAAGUGUAUUCUUUUGCUUGGUUGUAUUCACAACAUAAAUGAUCACCCCCACCCACACACAACAAUAUAACAAAUCAAUGCACUUAUCUUCAUUUAGAAAUGUCCUGUACCUCGGGCAUAAAAAGAGUCCAGCCCGGUAAAUAAGUUCCGUGGCUCAAGUGCCCUUAGUCCCGCAACGCUUGUCCGUAGCAUAAACCCAGUAUAUUCAUACACUCAAAAUAACACUUAUUUUGUAACACAACUAUAAAGCGUAUCAAAGACUACCCAAAGAAUAAUACGUCCUCACAACUACAUAAAUCACAGUAUACAUCACCCCAAACAAAUGAAAUACCGUAUACAAAAAGUUGUAGUCAGUCGGUCAGUCAGACAAUCCGUCAACAGCCCUCCAGCGGAGGAAAGGCCACGAAAACCAACGGAGAGUUGUAAUCCACAGACGCACAGAGUGGAUCCAAUCCUGGGUAAGCUCGCUUUAAGGCCACAAAACACACUGUAAGGCCACAAAACAAACGUAAUGGCGAAGCUUCAUGAACUGAAGGUAGUACACAUCCUCAUUCAGGUCUCAAUCACCACUUUCCUUUUGCGCAGCUGAUGCUGGCUAUUUAAUGGGGAAUUAAAGGGGAAGCGCCCUAUUAGAAGGAGAAGCCUUGAGACGGUUCAGAAAUAUUCAGGGCCGUCACACACCCCCUCCCCUGGAAAAAGCCGACCAUUGCCCGGGAAGGCAGAUCUUGGUCGGGGAAACCGAGAAAGGUCUCCUCAUCACUUUCCUCUACAAAAAUAUUCAUUACUUUUUGGCGCUCACGCUCCUCAGCUGAGGGGUCACAGGCAUUAAGCCGUGAGACUUCUGGGUCUGGGAAUCCGAGAAAAGUCUCCUUACUUUCCUCUUCAAAGAUCUCCAGGACCUUGCGGCGCUCAAUCUCCUCCAAUUCCUCAGCCGAGGGGUAACAGGCCUUAAGGCGUGAGACAUGGACAACGCGCAUAUCUUCACCUGUGUCCUCUUUCACCACUCGGUAGUUCAAAGGGCCCACCUGCUCCACAAUCCUAUAUGGUCCUUGCCAUUUAGGAGCGAGCUUGGCCGAGAAGAAUUGUUCAGCUUUCGAGUAAGGAUGAGAGCGAAGCCACACCCGAUCACGAAGCUGGAACUGCAGGUCUCGUCUGUUCUUAUCAUAAUUUUUCUUCUGCUUGAGUCGAGCCUGGAUCAUGUUCCUUGAGACAAGAGCUCUCAAGUCGUGGAGAUGGACUACCUGGUCAUAGCAAGCCGCGUCUGGAGUAAGCUGCUGGGGCUGUAGCACCAUAUCCAAGGGUCCUCGGAGGAGACGACUUAGGUUCAGCUCUGCAGGUGUGACUCCAGUGGACUCUUGCACAGCAGAAUUCAGGGCAAAUCGAAACUCGUGAAGGUGCUUGUCCCAGUGUUUGUGCUGGGUCCCUACAUAGGAAGCAACCAUGGUCUUCAAGGUUCGAUUUACUCUCUCAGUGAGGUUGGUCUGUGGGUGAUAGGCUGUGGUCAACUUCUGUCUCAGGUUCCAUCUUUGGCAGGUCUCUCCAAAGAGAUCAGAGACAAAUUGGGAACCUCGAUCAGACAGAAUGUAAUCAGGCACUCCCCAGCGAGUCAGGAUCUCUCUCGUAAGGAUGUUAGAGACGGUCCUCGCUGUGGCCUGACGCAGGGCAAAGAGCUCAACCCACUUGGAAUAGUAAUCCACAAAAACAAGCAUGUACACAUUCUGAUUGGAGCUUCUAGGAAAUGGACCCAUCAAAUCCACUCCUAACAUUUCCCAAGGUCGGGUAACCACAGUUUGCUGCAACUUGCCAGCAGGUUUUCUACCUUCCGGUUUGUACAUUUGACAAACCUGACAUUUUCGGAUAUGUGAUUUCACAUCCAUGCUCAGAUGUGGCCAGUACAGUAAUGCUUGCAAACGUUUGUAGGUUUUGAACCUGCCCAAAUGACCAGCUAAUGGGUCUUCAUGGAAAUGUUGAAGCAGUUGAAGGCGUAGAGUUUCAGGUAUGUACAUUUGGUAGAGUGUUCGGUGAGGUAGUUGUACAACUCGGUAGACUUUGUCUUCAAUGAUGGUCAGCUUUGUGGUAGGGUUGACCAUCUUUUCUUCAUCUUCCAGGAUAGUCUGGUACAAAGCCUGUACUUCGGGAUCAUCCUGUUGGGCUUUCCAAAUGACCUCAUCAGAGAUGGGCAAGUCAGUUUUGAGUGAGUCUCGACUGCUAGACAGGACAGUAGCACAUGUAAGAUGAGGGCCACCAUUACCACAAGCAGGAGCUCUGGAUAAGGCAUCUGGAACAGUGUUGUAUUUUCCUUUCCUGUAUUCUACGGCAAAGGUGAACUCUUGCAACCGUAGAGCCCAUCUGAUGAGCCUGGUGCUUGGUUUGUUGGUCUUGAACACCCACACAAGGGAGGAAUGGUCAGUGACCACAGUGAAGUGUCUUCCCUCCAGGUAGUACCUCCACUUUUCCAAAGCCCAGACAACUGCAAGGCACUCUUGCUCGGUUGUGGAGUAGUUCCGUUCUGCUCCAUUCAAUGUCCGACUGGCGAACGCUAGCACUUCUUCAGUACCAAGUCCAGUCUGUUGGACUAGGACAGCACCAAGUCCAACAUCACUUGCAUCAGUGUAAACAACAAAAGGGAAAUCAAAGUUGGGAUGACCCAAAAUGGGAGGGGUGACGAGGUGUCGUUUCAGGGUUUCAAAGGAGUUCUGGCACUCUGCCGUCCAUCGGAAUUUCGCUCCUUUUCGCUUCAACCCGUUGAGGGGUUCUGCCACCUGGGAGAAGUUCCACACAAACCGAUGGUACCAUCCAGCCAUCCCAAGGAACCGUUGAAGGGCCUUGAGUGUGGUUGGCACAGGGAAGUCUUGUACAGCCUUGGUCUUUUCAGGAUCCACAUGAAUACCAUCACAAGACACAAUAUGGCCAAGGAACUUCAGGGAGGUUUGGCAGAAGUUGCUCUUCUUCAUGUUCACUGUCAGACCAGCUUCUCUUAGCUUGUCCAACACUGCUUGAAGGUCUUGAAAGUGUUGCUCUCUGUUCUGGGAGUAGAUAAUUAUAUCGUCCAGGUAGACGAAACAUAUCUUCCCUUUGAGCCCACCUAACGCAAUCUCCAUGAGUCUUUGGAAAGUGGCAGGUGCAUUCUUUAAUCCAAAAGGCAUCACCUUAAAGGAAAACAAGCCCUCAGCACAGACAAAAGCAGUCUUGUCCUUGCUUUCCUGGUCCAUCUCAACCUGCCAAUAGCCACUAUUGAGGUCAAGGGUAGUGAACACAACCGCGCCAGACAAUGACUCCAGGAUCUCGUGGAUGGUGGGAAGAGGAUAGGCAUCAGUCUGGGAAACAUUGUUGGUCUUCCUAUAGUCCACACAAAAUCUAAGACCACCGGUCUUUUUUGGAAUGAGGACAACAGGAGCAGCCCAGGGAGAGGAGGAACGUUCUAUUAUAUCUUGUGUCAACAUAUCAUUAAUGAGUCCCUUUUGGAUGAUUAGCUUCGCUGGGGACAAACGAUAUGGCUUUUGCUUGAUCGGUAUUUCCUGUGUAAGGAAUAUUUUGUGCUUCAGGAGUCCGGUGCGUCCUAACUUUGAAGUACACACAUCGGCAUUAUUCUGCAACUGUUCCAACAGCCUUAACUCCUCUGGCUGUUCCAGCUGAGCUCUUCUUACAGCCUGUAAAAGGAGAUCCUCAGAAGGAUUAUCCAGGGUUAGUGGUACCGUAGCAACGGCAGAGAAGACUGCCACAUUUAGACCCCAAUCAUGUAACUUUGUAACUUCUGAUUGGAAGAAAUGCUUCUUGCUCGGAUUGUUUGGAAACCAGUAGCAAUUGUGUGCGAUAUCAAUCUGGACACCACUGAAGUACAUGAAAUCAAUUCCCAACACGACAGGAAAAGCAAGGUUCUUGGUUUGCAGGAUAACCGAAGGAAUCAUAUAGGAGCGGUUACACAGGCGGAACUCCACCUCACUCCAUCCAAGUGGUCGUUUAGCCUCACCGUCAGCCAGAUACAGUGGACCUUCUGUCCACGGCUUCAAAUUGUAUUUUGGACCUUCAACCUCCUUCCACAGUUUCUCAUUGAGCAGUGUGUAGGAUGACCCGGUGUCCAGGAUGGCUCUUCCUGUCCAUGGGCCUAUGGACAGGGGUAACACCAGCUGGUGUGGUAUUAACUGAAAGGAAGGGGAUGUCGGCGGGGGGGCGUAGGCAGUGACUCUUGAGGUUUCAGCUCUGGUCAAAGCACCCAGAGUAGGAUGGUCGUUCCUGCGAAGUGUGUUAGGGGUGUUGGCCUGCUGUGAUUUGUAGUUUCUGGAAGGGUUUACUGGAUACGGUCUUGGACAUGUAGCUGAAGAAUGUCCCUUUUGGCUACAUCUCCAACAGAACAUGGGAGGGGUCUUGGCUGGAGACUCUGGCUGUGGUUGAUGAUCUGGCUUGGGUAACUGUCUGGGUGUCUGUUUCUUUCUCUGUUCAUAUUGCUGUUGGCAUUCUCUGUCCUUCUCGAACUGCUGUCCCAGGCGAACCAGUCCAUCGACAGUGGUGACUCUUUCUCUGAGUUGACUGGCUAGUAGUGGGUUGAUGUUCUUCAAGAUCAACUUAAUGACCUCUUCCUCCUCAAUGCCAGGUUUCCACCUUCUGCACAGGGAGUGGUAACCGUAUGCAAAGUCACGGAUAUUCUCAUUCUCCCUUUGCACUCGAUUCCUGACUCUGUCUGCCAGCUCAUCUGUGUAGUCCUCAGACAGAAAUGCAGAGGAAAACUUGGCCUCAAAGUCAGCCCAGGAGGUAGUGGUGAGACGUGCCACAUCCCACCAGUCUCGAGCUGUCCCAUGCAACACAUUCCUCAAUGUGGCAAGGAGUUCUUCGUCAGCCAGGGGAUUGAGGGCAAGAAAGUCAUGACAUCUUUCCAGAUACAUUAGCGGAUCAGGACUGUCAUCCUUUUUCCCAAAGGUGGGAAAUUGCAAUUUAAUGGGCAUCGCUCCCACAUGACGUCUACUCAAAUCACCAUGAACAAAAGAGCUAGGAGGGAUUGAGGAAGUAGAGGGUGAGGGAGUUAUGGGACCAUGAAAAUGAACACCAGGAUGCAUGGUGGAUUGCAUCCUGCAAGGGGUGGCUGCAGCAUGGCCUUGUCUUGGCUGUUCUGAGGUGCCCGCUUGGCCCUCAGUGGUCUGAACAGAAGUGGACACAAGAGAAGCUCUGUGCAAGGAGUUGUGCCUAAUGGAUGAGGCACUGGCCUCCUAAGCCAGAGAUUGUGGGUUCAAGUCCCAUCUGGGGUGCCAUUUUUUAUGUAACGGUUUUGACUUGAGGUAUUUAUAGGGGUGCCAGGUAGGUUGUGCCUACCAGAGAAAGCAUGGGUUUCUCCUUUUAGUUCGGGAGGGAAUGAGUCCCCUCUGGUCCGUCAAGUCACACCAAUACAAAGGACUUAGGUAAAAGUCAAGAUGGAAAUAUACUUUUCAUAAACCCCUUAAAACCUUGGAAAGAACUUCAAACAAGUGUAUUCUUUUGCUUGGUUGUAUUCACAACAUAAAUGAUCACCCCCACCCACACACAACAAUAUAACAAAUCAAUGCACUUAUCUUCAUUUAGAAAUGUCCUGUACCUCGGGCAUAAAAAGAGUCCAGCCCGGUAAAUAAGUUCCGUGGCUCAAGUGCCCUUAGUCCCGCAACGCUUGUCCGUAGCAUAAACCCAGUAUAUUCAUACACUCAAAAUAACACUUAUUUUGUAACACAACUAUAAAGCGUAUCAAAGACUACCCAAAGAAUAAUACGUCCUCACAACUACAUAAAUCACAGUAUACAUCACCCCAAACAAAUGAAAUACCGUAUACAAAAAGUUGUAGUCAGUCGGUCAGUCAGACAAUCCGUCAACAGCCCUCCAGCGGAGGAAAGGCCACGAAAACCAACGGAGAGUUGUAAUCCACAGACGCACAGAGUGGAUCCAAUCCUGGGUAAGCUCGCUUUAAGGCCACAAAACACACUGUAAGGCCACAAAACAAACGUAAUGGCGAAGCUUCAUGAACUGAAGGUAGUACACAUCCUCAUUCAGGUCUCAAUCACCACUUUCCUUUUGCGCAGCUGAUGCUGGCUAUUUAAUGGGGAAUUAAAGGGGAAGCGCCCUAUUAGAAGGAGAAGCCUUGAGACGGUUCAGAAAUAUUCAGGGCCGUCACAACACACACACAUUGACAGACUCUCUCCUCACAGACACACACACUGACACACUCUCUUCACAGACAGAUGAACCAACCAGGAACCAAUCUGGAAAUGCUGUCAGCCUCCACACAUAGAGUUCUAAGUGAUGCUAGUGUGUGUGUGUGUGUGUGUGUGUGUGUGUGUGUGUGUGUGUGUGUGUGUGUGUGUGUGUGUGUUCUAAGUGAUGUUGGAACGUGGAAGCACCACUAAUGCUGUGACUGGCACUUUCCCAUGCAGAGUAAAUACAGGAAUCCUUUUAACCAACUCUCAGAAUGUCAUUUACAGCCUGACUUAGAGAUUUGAAUGGGGAAAUCUGUGUUAGAUCCAUAGAAAAUAACUACUAGAUCCAUAGAAAUAGAAUAAGUAAUUCUAUUAAAAUAGUAAUGCUAUUUCUAUGAUAUCUGGGCACAUAUCUACAAAGCCUCUCAGAGUAGGAGUGCUGAUCUAGGAUUAGUUUCGGCUUUUAGAUCAAAAGGAAUAAGAUUAUAAGGACAGGUGGGGACCUGAUCCUAGAUCAGCGCUCUUACUCUGAUACGCUUUGUGGUUACAGGCCCUGGUCUAGAUUGGAGUAACAACUCUAGCUACAGACCUGUACUGACUAUACUUGACUGCAUCACUGUCCUGGAGUGACUCAGCAGAACACCUGAUAACCUGGACUCAUUCAGCUGAAAACAACCAGGUUGAAAAGAGAAAGCAGAGAGAGCGGAGCAGUCAAAUGUAUCAGCACAGUGGAGCUAAUAUGUUCCACACAAGCUAGCCUGAAUGGCUGCCUCUCUCUCUCCAACCAAUCUGCUUUGUGUCUGUCUCGUCUUCAUUCUUUCACCCCUCCAUCUUUCUCUCUACCACCUUUCCUUCUCUCCUCUGCCUCCAUCUUUCUCUCUACCACCUUUCCUUCUCUCCUCUGCCUCCAUCUUUCUCUCUACCACCUUUCCUUCUCUCCUCUGCCUCCAUCUUUCUCUCUACCACCUUUCCUUCUCUCCUCUGCCUCCAUCUUUCUCUCUACCCCUUUCCUUCUCUCCUCUGCCUCCAUCUUUCUCUCUACCACCUUUCCUUCUCUCCUCUGCCUCCAUCUUUCUCUCUACCACCUUUCCUUCUCUCCUCUGCCUCCAUCUUUCUCUCUACCACCUUCUUCCUUCUCCUCUCUCUCUGCCUCCAUCUUUUCUCUCUACUCUCUACCACCUUUCCUUCUCUCCUCUCCUCCACUUCUUCUCUCUCCUACUCUACCACUUUCCUUCUCUCCUCUGCCUCCAUCUUUCUCUCUACCACCUUUCAUUCUCUCCUCUGCCUCCAUCUUUCUCUCUACCACCUUUCCUUCUCUCCUCUGCCUCCAUCUUCUCUCUACCACCUUUCCUUCUCUCCUCUGCCUCCAUCUCUCUCUCUCUACCACCUUUCCUUCUCUCCCUGCCUCCAUCUUUCUCUCUACCACCUUCCUUCUCUCCUCUGCCUCCAUCUUUCUCUCUACCACCUUCCUCUCUCUCCUCUGCCUCCAUCAUUCUCUCUACCACCUUCCCUUCUCUCCUCUGCCUCCAUCUUUCUCUCUACCACCUUUCAUUCUCUCCUCUGCCUCCAUCUUUCUCUCUACCACCUUUCCUUCUCUCCUCUGCCUCCAUCAUUCUCUCUACCACCUUCCCUUCUCUCCUCUGCCUCCAUCUUUCUCUCUACCACCCUUUCCAUUCUCUCCUCUGCCUCCAUCUUUCUCUCUACCACCUUUCCUUCUCUCCUCUGCCUCCAUCAUUCUCUCUACCACCUUUCAUUCUCUCCUCUGCCUCCAUCUUUCUCUCUACCACCUUUCCUUCUCUCCUCUGCCUCCAUCAUUCUCUCUACCACCUUUCCUUCUCUCCUCUGCCUCCAUCUUUCCCUUCUCCCCGUCUCUCCCCCUCCCCCUGGGGAUGCUACUGACACAGUCCUCUUGGCUGGCUUUCCCAGCCCCAGGCUCAUUCCCUGCUGAUCCCCCUGUAGGGCUGAUCCCCCCCUGUGGCUCUGCUGUUCCACACCACUACUACAGUGGGGGGAAAAAGUAUUUAGUCAGCCACCAAUUGUGCAAGUUCUCCCACUUAAAAAGAUGAGAGACGCCUGUAAUUUUCAUCAUAGGUACACGUCAACUAUGACAGACAAAAUGAGAUUUUUUUUCUCCAGAAAAUCACAUUGUAGGAUUUUUAAUGAAUUUAUUUGCAAAUUAUGGUGGAAAAUAAGUAUUUGGUCACCUACAAACAAGCAAGAUUUCUGGCUCUCACAGACCUGUAACUUCUUCUUUAAGAGGCUCCUCUGUCCUCCACUCGUUACCUGUAUUAAUGGCACCUGUUUGAACUUGUUAUCAGUAUAAAAGACACCUGUCCACAACCUCAAACAGUCACACUCCAAACUCCACUAUGGCCAAGACCAAAGAGCUGUCAAAGGACACCAGAAACAAAAUUGUAGACCUGCACCAGGCUGGGAAGACUGAAUCUGCAAUAGGUAAGCAGCUUGGUUUGAAGAAAUCAACUGUGGGAGCAAUUAUUAGGAAAUGGAAGACGUACAAGACCACUGAUAAUCUCCCUCGAUCUGGGGCUCCACGCAAGAUCUCACCCCGUGGGGUCAAAAUGAUCACAAGAACGGUGAGCAAAAAUCCCAGAACCACACGGGGGGACCUAGUGAAUGACCUGCAGAGAGCUGGGACCAAAGUAACAAAGCCUACCAUCAGUAACACACUACGCCGCCAGGGACUCAAAUCCUGCAGUGCCAGACGUGUCCCCCUGCUUAAGCCAGGACACGUCCAGGCCCGUCUGAAGUUUGCUAGAGUGCAUUUGGAUGAUCCAGAAGAGGAUUGGGAGAAUGUCAUAUGGUCAGAUGAAACCAAAAUAUAACUUUUUGGUAAAAACUCAACUCGUCGUGUUUGGAGGACAAAGAAUGCUGAGUUGCAUCCAAAGAACACCAUACCUACUGUGAAGCAUGGGGGUGGAAACAUCAUGCUUUGGGGCUGUUUUUCUGCAAAGGGACCAGGACGACUGAUCCGUGUAAAGGAAAGAAUGAAUGGGGCCAUGUAUCGUGAGAUUUUGAGUGAAAACCUCCUUCCAUCAGCAAGGGCAUUGAAGAUGAAACGUGGCUGGGUCUUUCAGCAUGACAAUGAUCCCAAACACACCGCCCGGGCAACGAAGGAGUGGCUUCGUAAGAAGCAUUUCAAGGUCCUGGAGUGGCCUAGCCAGUCUCCAGAUCUCAACCCCAUAGAAAAUCUUUGGAGGGAGUUGAAAGUCCGUGUUGCCCAGCGACAGCCCCAAAACAUCACUGCUCUAGAGGAGAUCUGCAUGGAGGAAUGGGCCAAAAUACCAGCAACAGUGUGUGAAAACCUUGUGAAGACUUACAGAAAACGUUUGACCUGUGUCAUUGCCAACAAAGGGUAUAUAACAAAGUAUUGAGAAACUUUAGUUAUUGACCAAAUAUUAUUUUCCACCAUAAUUUGCAAAUAAAUUCAUUAAAAAUCCUACAAUGUGAUUUUGUGGAUUUUUUUUCUCAUUUUGUCUGUCAUAGUUGACGUGUACCUAUGAUGAAAAUUACAGGCCUCUCUCAUCUUUUUAAGUGGGAGAACUUGCACAAUUGGUGGCUGACUAAAUACUUUUUUUCCCCCACUGUAUAUCCCUCAGGGUGUACUCUGGCUGGGCCACUGGCCAGGGAGGUAUUCAUGUUGGAGUCAUGUUUGUGUUGGUUGACAGUGGUAGUGGAUGCCCUGCGUGACACGGGAGGAUGAGACGGGAGAGUGACUCUUUUGACCAGCGUACCCAUACUUCAUUGGGGUGAUUAUGUCAUGUCCCUGUCAAUCUGGAUGUCCUUGCUUCUCAGUUGACUUGGUGCUCUCUCUUCUGUAUUCCUGCUGGAUUACGCUCUUUUUCUGUUAACCACAUCUAUUGUAUUCCUGCUGGAUUACUCUCUUUUUCUAUUAACCACAUCUACUGUAUUCCUGCUGGAUUACUCUCUUUUUCUAUUAACCACAUCUACUGUAUUCCUGCUGGAUUACUCUCUUUUUCUAUUAAGCACAUCUAUUUAGGGAUGCAACUUUCGGUCAAUUUUGCUGCUGAUUUACUGACCUUCAUUAACCGGUCAACAAACAGUAAAAUGAAGUGACCGACAGAAAAUACUGUCAGAGAUCUGUAUAUAAUGACAAGACGUUUAUGUUUCCGCCAGAACAAUGGGAGUCGUCCAAAGACGGGAAGGCAGGCGACAAGCUUAGGCCCAAAAUAAGCCCAUAGGACUUAUUUUGGACAGAUUUUGCCGUGGGUGAAACCUCUCGCUUCGCCUCUUCCUCUCUGAUAGUAUGCAUGCAUACAAGGACCGGACAUUUUUCAUUAAGAGCUUAAUGGAAACAUGCAACAAUAGCAAGCCUAUCAUCUUACAUUCAAAAGGCUAUAGGCUAUUAUUGAAAAUGCAACUCCCGUAAUGAAGCAGCUAAUAAAACGUCAUUUUAAAACAUUUGCCCAAAUGCAAUUAGCGGAAAACACAGUUCUAAACUGCGCACCUAAUGCAAGCAGUUCCAUACAUGACAGAGAUGAAAUCUCAAUUAGAAACUUAGAAAGAGUGGGAAAUCUAAUAGCAACUACUAUGAUGGGGUUGCUAAUAUGACUAGGAUUGGGCCUUUGGCUUCUGGACAACGAAAUAAAGUUGAUAUGAAAACCAAUAGAACAGGAGAGAAAUGCUGGUUAAUGGCAUGAGGAAGUCUUUAUAAAAUAAUUGUCUCCACGUUUCUAUGGAUGGAUUUUUGCAGGGCUACUUUGAAGCAAGGUAAGACAUGCCUCAUUAUUUGAAGUAAAGUUCACAUUGUAAAGUGGUGGGUGACGCGCUGAUGGUCAACGGUAGGCAGGCUAUAGCCUAUGCAUCCGAAUGGCGAAUGGGAGGCGCGCUUUACAAGUUGAGAUUGAAAAAUAAAAAUAGCUCCUUUUUAAUCGUGGCCACCAAAGUGUUUAACACGCGAUUGCAUUUAGAAUUGUUAUUUGUUGCGCUAUGACUGGGUUUACAAAAGCAUGGUUCACUCCAGUAGGUAGGCUAUUCCGCUCCACAAGCUAGCCUGUAUGCUGUGUGCGUGUGAUAAAUAAAAAGCAUGAUGACUAACGAAAAUACACGCGCCAAUUUAAUUCGACAAAAUUAUGCAAAUGAACCUAUAGACCGAUUUAGCAUUACCAGUCAAAUAUAUUUAAAAUGGAUUAAUCCUGCUGGAUUACUCUCUUUUUUCUUUGUUCUCUUUUUCUCUUCCCCUCAUUCCUCUCUUCCCAGCACGGUUUUUGAACACCUGCUGAAAUAUUCAAAUAAAACAACUUUAUUUCUCUCCUGUCUUGUGAAUAUUUCAGUCUAUUCCGGUGUGUUUCUUACUGGGGAUGUGAGGCUCCAGGUGGAGUGUUGUCUCUCUUGGAGCUAAAUGCACUUUCUCUGUUCUGUCCAUCUACAUGCAUGACGUUACACAUAUAGAAGCCCUGCCAGGUGAGGUCGAAAAUCUUUACCUCUCCACUCAACCCAAGUGACUAAUAAAUGACUUGGACAUGAAGCGCAAAAAUGCUAAUAUAGCUAGCAUUGACUUGCUUUGGAUUUGUGCCACAAAUGCUAAAAAGUUAGCAUUUGAAACAGUGGCCAGGUAAACAAAACCAAAGCAUGGAUUGCUGUCUUACCUUGUCCAUAGACUGCUUACAGGGUAAGGAAACCAAUACGUCAUUUUGUAAUUGGGGUGAACUAUCCCUUUAACCCAACCCGUCUCUCCCUCUCUCUUUGUUGUCUGUAGGUCCUCCCUGACAUGUCCACAUUGCCUUAAACAGAGCAACACCUUUGACCCCUUCCUCUGCAUCUCACUGCCCAUUCCCCUACGGCAAACCAGGUAAGCGACACCAGUCAUAAAGCCACUGCACGUGUGUGUGUUUGUGUGACAUGUACACUUUUUAUUUGACCAGUUCUCCCUUUUUGUGACAACAAGACACAAUGGAAUAUGAUCAAGUGCUAGUGUUGUGAAAAGCAAGGUGGGCGUUUCUGAUAGACACACAACAGGUUGCUUGAAUAACAUGUGUAUCGCUCACAGACAGUCUAUCCACAGGGCCAGUCUGAUAUUGAUGCUAUUAACAUGCUAGUUUGGUAGUAGACACUCUUAUCCGAUGCAACUUACCGCAUUUGUAUUAAGGUAUAACUCUUGUAUAGCUCUCACAUAUCCAGUAUAUGGCCUUAAUACUAAGAGACUGACUCAUGAAUCCUCAUCGGUUCAAGUGAGACCCACACAGUUACUGAUUUUGGGACUCUGUUGUGCCUCCCUUUGGGAUGGAUGUAUCCUCUCAUGUCACUGUCCUCACUUACUGAUGGCAUAUUCCCCUUAUCGCCCCGCUGUCUGCAACUGAAAUCUCAGUGAGAUCUCAGUGAUGGUGGUGUCUUCUUACAUCAGCAGGGGGUUAACUAACAUCACUGGCGCUUACUUUGUACACCACAUCUCUAUCUCUCAUCCAGUCUCAUCUCAUCUCAGCAUGUCUAACAACAUUAAAAAACCCAGCGCUCACAUCCUCCCCGUGUCUCUGCUCUUUGAGCACUCUGUUAGUGACGACGCGACACUUCCUGAAUAAUGCAUGAUGGGAAAGCAGGAAGCUGGGGCGUCCUCAGGGCUCCUGUCUCUCGCCCAGACUUUUCUCCAUCUCUAUCCCUCCACCCCUUUUUCCUUCCACUGAGUCAUACCUCAAACCUGUGGCCUCAAAUAGCGCUAAGUGCUCACCCCUUCAUCCUUCCAUCGCUCCACCUGUCAUGCCCACAUCUUCUGCACUAGCUAGCUCCUGUUGAUUGUAGAUAGGCGUGCCUCAGCUCCCUGUGGUGCUAAUGCUAACACGUUAGCAUCGCCUUGCAGUCAGGCAUGCCCAGACAGACAUUGUGGCGGAGAUAAGAGAACAGCACAGCAAGUGUAAUGUCUAGAAGCUGUCUUUGUGUGUGUGUGUGUGUGUGUGUGUGUGCGCUUGUGAAGAACUGGCUGUAACAAGUUUCUCUCUCUCUCUCUCUCUCUCUCUCUCUCUCUCUCUCUCUCUCUCUCUCUCUCUCUCUCUCUCUCUCUCUCUCUCUCUCUCUCUCUCGCUUGCUUGCUUGCUUUCUUUCUCUUUCCUCUCUCUCUCGCUUUCUUUCUUUCCUCUCUCUCUCGCUUUCUUUCUUUCCUCUCUCUCUAGCUUUCUUUCUUUCCUCUCUCUCUCGCUUUCUUUCUUUCCUCCCUCUCUCGCUUUCUUUCCUCUCUCCUCUCUCUCUCUCUCUCUCUCUCUCUCUCUCUCUCCAGGUGUAUGAGUGUGACCCUGGUGCUUAGUACUAAGGGUCAGAGGUAUCUACGUGUUGGUCUGGCUGUGCCUCUCAUUGGCUCCAUCUCCUGCCUGCGUGCCAUGGUGGCUGAGGAGGGCAAGAUCACGCCAGACCAGGUAGGGGCUGCACACACAAUGGUCAGUGGGCCAGACUCGUUAGCCUACAAAAUCUAAAAGGCCCUAUCCAGCUCUAUCCUGUCUCUAUGGGGUAUAAAUUAAUUAUUCCGCUCACUCACUGUAACAUACAAAACCCUCUCCCUUAGUCAUGGUGAGAAUCUCUGUCCGUUAAUUACCAUACAUCUCAGACAGAGGCUUUUUACCGGUUUUAAAGGGACCAUCAUGGAAAGCCCUGCUGCUAUGACUGACACAGAAAAAGGAAAACCAGACAGAGGAAGAGAGAGGGGCUAGACAGACAGAAGAGAGAGGGGCUAGAUAGACAGAGAAAGAGAGAGGGGCUAGAUAGACAGAGAAAGAGAGAGGGGCUAGAUAGACAGAGAAAGAGAGAGGGGCUAGAUAGACAGAGAAAGAGAGAGGGGCUAGACAGACAGAGAAAGAGAGAGGGGCUAGAUAGACAGAGAAAGAGAGAGGGGCUAGACAGACAGAAGAGAGAGGGGCUAGAUAGACAGAGAAAGAGAGAGGGGCUAGAUAGACAGAGAAAGGAGCAGUCCAGACGUAGAAUGACAGAGAAUGGAGCAGACGAAAAGAGGGAACAAAUAGACAGGAAAAAGAGAGAAAGAUAGGAAUAUUCCAGACUGAGAGAGUCAGCUGUCAGCCCCACAGCUGGGCCUAAAGUCUCCUCAUGCUAUGUGAGGAUGAGCGGGAUGGGACAUCACUGUUUGUCUGUCUGUUUUUUUGUGAUUUGACGAAAGCCUUCUCAGAAAACAGAAGUGAGGAGAUAGUAAGGAAUCCUUAAAGGUCCAAUGCAGCUGUUUUUAUCUCGAUAUCAAAUCAUUUCUGGGUAACAAUUAAGGGUCUUACUGUAAUUGUUUUCAAUUAAAAUUGUCAAAAUUAUACAAAGUUAGCUUCUUAGCAAAGAGCAAUUUCUCAAGCAAGAAUCUUGCUAGGACUGUCAGGGAGUAGUCUGAGUGGGGAGGGGAAUACUAGCUGUUAUUGGCAGAGAAGUUUGGAACUCUUUCUUAUUGGUCUAUUAACUCAUUUACCAUCUGGUGAUGUCACCAGGCAGGCCAAAACUCCAUCCCACCAAAACAGACUGAUACUUAUUUUCUAACAGCUCUUACACUAAAAGGGCAUUAACGUAAUUAUCCAAAUGUACGUUUUAUUCCAACCCCAUUGUGUGGAAAAUCACAUUUUUGACUGCACUGGGCCUUUAUGUGUUUACUUUAGAAGGAUCUUGAACAUACUUAUAACACAAAUAUAGCAUGUCUGCUUUGUUUGAUUUGCGGGUUUUCUCUGUUUGCUUUGCCACAUACAUUCCCUUUGUCAUCUAUAGCUUGUCUGUCUACAACUAUUAGCCUGUGUAUGUGUGUGUUUGACCCCCAUGCUAAGCCACUUAGCCAUGUCCACGGCUGUUUAUUAUAAAGUCUACUUCCGUGCUGUAUUAAGCAAUGUACAUCUCUUUAAACCAUCUCCUCCUCGCUCGCUCUCUCCCUCCAUCACCCCCCCCAUCCAGGUGAUCCUGUCAGAGCUCUACGCCACCGGCUUCCAGCGUUCGUUCUCUGACGACGACGAUCUGACCAGCGUUGCCGAGAGCGAUGUGGUCUAUGCCUUCCAGGCUCCGCCCCUCCACACACGGGGAGGCUCCACGCGAAUCUCG